GAAUAACUUACAGUCUAUGAUUGUUUCUGACUGCAGAGUGAAGAUGUUUGCUAGCAGGCUGCUAAAACGGCACGUUUUUGGACUUAAACAUGUCUGUGGAGGACGACAAGCGUUUUCUUCGGCGACUACAAGCCAACAGCGCAGCCAAACGCAGAACCUUGAAAGCCCCGGUUCUACAUCCCGGCUAGAGACCUCUAGGGCCAAGACCAUGAUGGAUAUUGGAACUCGCCGAAUCUUCAACGAAGACCACGACAUUUUCAGACAAAGCGUCCGGCGGUUCUUCCAGGAGGAAGUGGUUCCUCACCACAAAGAGUGGGAGAAAGCGGGGCAGGUGAGCAGGGAAUUGUGGGAGAAAGCUGGUGAGCAGGGCCUGUUGGGUGUGAUGAUACCAGAGGAGCACGGAGGCAUCGGAGGAGACGUGUUCUCCGCCGCCAUCACCUGGGAGGAGCAAAUGUACUGCAACUGCACGGGCCCGGGGUUCGCCCUACACUCCGACAUCAUCAUGCCCUACGUCGUCAACUAUGGAAGCAAAGAGCAGGUGGAGAGAUUUGUUCCCAACAUGACUGCUGGGAAGUGCAUCGCCGCGAUUGCCAUGUCAGAGCCUGGUGCCGGCAGCGAUCUUCAGGGUGUGAGAACGUACGCAAAGAAGGAUGGAAGUGAUUGGAUCCUAAAUGGCAACAAGGUUUUCAUCUCAAAUGGUUGGAUGGCUGACCUGGUGGUGGUGGUGACCGUGACAAACCGCGAGGCGAAGACGGCAGCACAUGGGAUCAGUCUGUUCCUUGUGGAAGAUGGCAUGAAGGGGUUCCAGAAAGGCCGUAAACUCGAUAAGAUUGGUCUGAAGGCACAGGACACAGCUGAGCUGUUUUUCGAGGAUGUGCGCCUCCCAGCCAGUGCCCUCCUGGGUGAACUCAACAAAGGUUUCUACUACCUAAUGAACGAACUUCCUCAGGAACGUCUGGUAAUUGCCGACAUGGCCAUAGCAAGCUGCGAGUUCAUGUUUGAGGAAACCAGAAACUACGUUUUGCAGCGGAAAGCGUUUGGCAAAACCAUCUCUCACUUGCAGACUGUACAGCACAAACUGGCCGAAUUGAAGACCGAGAUCUGCGUGGGACGGACUUUUGUGGACAACUGCCUUCAGCUCCUCGCUGAAAAACGUCUGGAUCCCUCCACAGCCUCGAUGGCCAAGUUUUGGACAUCGGAACUUCAGAACAAAGUGGCCUCUCAGUGCCUGCAGCUUCAUGGAGGCUGGGGAUACAUGUGGGAAUAUCCAAUCGCCAAGGCGUUUGUGGACUCCCGUGUUCAGCCUAUCUAUGGAGGAACCAACGAGAUCAUGAAGGAGCUCAUCGCUCGCAACAUCGUCAGCCAGAAAUGAGGACAUAAGGGGUGGAGUCAGAGAAAAAAACUAAUGCAGUUUGACUUUUACAUUUGUGAACACAACAAUGACUGUAGUCUCUGUUUGAAAAGGUUUCUUACAAAAAAAAAAGCUUAAUGGCAUUAAAUACAAACUUGAACCAUUAGUCUCAAUCUAAUGUUGUUUUAUCGUUUUUUUCUCACUAUGGGGUUAAAUAAAUUAGAUGUACAAUAAAUAAAUAUCAAAAAGGUAAAAAUA